UCUGGUGUAUUUUUGUGUAGUUUCUUCUUGUUCAUUUUGUGGUUAACUCUUUACAGUUUCCUGAUUGCUCUGGAAUGUGUUAGCUGGUUGUAAUCAGGGAGAAGAGCUUAUGUUUUCUUUAGUUGUUAAUCAUUGUGGGGUGGGCAGCUGUUAAAACAAAGAUGUAACGUGAUUACAUUUUGUCGUGAGUAGUUUUAUUGGGUGUAAGGGUGUAGGCUGUUUGCUCUAAGGUAUUUGAAGCCUUGUAAAUAAAACCUUUCUCCACAUGAAAGGUUAGUCACAGGGACACAGAAAUUUGAGAAAAAAGUGCUUUAUUUUAUCCUUGGAAGAAAAAGUCAAACAGUAAUGUUACAACUUAAAAAGUAAGAAGCAACAUGAGAUAAAAUAACAUCAAUGCUCAAACCAAUCCAAGCAACCAAAACUGAUCAGAUGAAAAGGAAAGGGGAUCUUAAAUACCUGCUGAUCGGACCAAUUUAGACACAAGGUAACAAAGCUAAUCAACUAAUAUUAGAGAAGCAAAAUCAAGCUUUAAUUUAAUUGUUACUCUAACCUAACAGUAAUUAAAAGAACAACUAAAUACCUUACUGAGGAGACACAGAAAAUAAAUGCAUUUAACAUAAAUGACUCCAGCUAUCUUCCUAUGAUCUUGGAAUACGUGGUAUCUCCCAAUCAGCACUUUCUGUAUUAAAUAGUGAUGCAUUCAAAGACACCUCUUUUGCUCGUUAUAUGCUGGCAGACCAUAUGAUUGCUUGGAGAACCCAGCACUGCAAAACCAGAGAAAUUAUUAGAAAUUAAAGUAAAUCCAACAAAUUUAACAUACACUCUCAGUGAACUUUAUUAGGUAUAUUUGCUAGUACUGGAUUGGAGCUCAUUUUGCCCCCAGAACUGCAUUAAUUGUUCAAAUGUCCCUUUCCACCACAUCCUAAAGGUGUUCUUCUGGAUUGACAUCUGUUGACUGUGAAGGCCAUUUGAAUAUAGUGAAUUCACCGUCAUGUUCAAGAAUCCAGUUUGAAAUGAUUUUGCCUGGUGCAUUACCCUGCUGGAAGACGUCAUCAUAAGAGCACUCAGACCAGCCCGUAUUGGACCAAUAAUCAUACCACAUUCAAAGUCACUUAAAUCACCGUUCUGGCCUAUUCUGAUGCUCAGUUUGCACUUCCGCAGGUUAUCUUGACCAUGCCCACAUGCUUAAAUACUGAUUUUUAUAGUUGCAUGGCUGCAAGUGUAGCAGUCACACCCUCUUAAAAUGGGAAGUCUGCACUCAGAGUGAACCUUCAACACUUUUGUUCACUCCUAUAAUUUACGGUAUUGAGUCCUGUUAAACAUACAAAGAAAAUCCAUAUCCCAAGAUGCAGUGGUGCAGGUGGGCUGGCAGUUGGAAAUCACAACUUCCAACACAGACUGCUGGGCCAGAGAUUGAAGACUCUUUUGACUUUCUUUUUAAAAUCAUCUUGGUUGGUGACUCAGAUGUUGGGAAGACCUGCGUGGUGCAAAGCUUCAAAUCUGGCAUCUUCAUCGAAAAGCAACAAAACACCAUUGGUGUUGACUUUACUGUUCGUACCCUGGACAUUGAUGGCAAGAAGGUGAAGAUGCAGGUGUGGGACACUGCGGGACAGGAGCGUUUCCGCACCAUAACUCAAAGCUACUACCGCAGCGCCCAUGGGGCGAUGGUGGCCUAUGACAUCACUCGACGCAGCACAUUUGAAUCGGUUCCACACUGGAUCAGGGAAGUGGAGCUGUACGGAGCUGCCAGUGUGGUGCUGAUACUCAUUGGUAAUAAGUCAGAUCUCCACACUAAGAGACAGGUGCUCUUCGAGGAUGCUUGCAAUCUGGCAGAAGACAGUGGUGUGCUGGCUGCUCUGGAAACCUCAGCCAAGGAGGCCCAGAACAUAGAUGCCGCCUUCAUUCUUAUGGCUCGAGAACUAAUGGCACGCAAUGGUAUGACCAUCAUAAACGAGUCCUCUGAAAACUCUCCUCAGUUCAUGCUGAUUAACAACUCUCACCCGGUUCCUAGUGCCGUGGUUACAGAUAAAAAGUGUGGGUGCCGAGAAGGCUGAAGCAGGGAGUCACUCGAAGAGUGGGAAUGGAGGCCUGAAUACUCAAUUUACCUGUUUCUCUACCAGAGAAUGGGAUGUUAUUUAAAGAGAAACUGUGUGUUGCAACGUGUGUGUGAAUACUGGUUUUGUAUGUUUUGACUUUUUAAUAUUUAACAUGUUGUAAUAUUAUUCUGAGGAUAAUGAAUGUGAUGACAAACCACUCCUCUGCCAGAGGACUCUGUACACAGACUCCAGCACAGUAAACACUACAGUUUUA